UCCCUCUCCAAACCACAAACUCCAAGAGAAAUAUACAAAAUGUCCGGCCUAACACCAACCCAACUCGCAACCUUCCACGAAAAGGGAUACCUAGUCGUCGAAGACUACCUCACCCCGGAAGAAGUGAACUCUCUCCUAACAGAAACCCACCACCUCCUCGACACCUUCGACCUCGACACGCACCCCCUCACCCAAUUCACCACCGGCGACGACUCCAGCGAUGCCAAACCCCACGUGGGAGACGACUACUUCCUCACCUCCGGCGACAAACUCCGCUUCUUCUUCGAACCCGACGCCAUCAACCCCACGGGGCAACCAAAACUCACCCGCCCCAAACAACAAGCAGUCAACAAAAUCGGCCACUCGCUGCACACGCUCUCCCCGCCCUUCAAAGCCGUCAGCCUCAACACCCGCACGGCAGCCAUCGCGCGCUCACUCCGCUUCCAAGACCCGCGCCUGCUGCAGAGUAUGGUCAUCUGCAAGCAGCCGCGGAUAGGCGGCGCCGUGCCGCCUCAUCGGGACAGCGAGUUCCUGUAUACGGAUCCGCCGUCGGCGGUGGGGUUCUGGUUUGCGUUGCAGGAUGCGGGGCCGGGCAAUGCGACGCUUGUUAUGAUGCCUGGUACGCAGGGGGAGGGGAUUCAGAGGAGGUUUGUUAGGGGUAAGGAGGAGGAGGAGGUGUUGAAUGUUAAGGCUGGGUCGUUGGUGUUGAUCCAUGGGAAUGUUCUGCAUAAGAGUGAUCGGAAUGAGAGUGAGAGGAGUCGCUUUGCGUAUACGUUUCAUGUUAUUGAGGGGGCGGAGGGGUGGGACUAUGAUGAGCGGAAUUGGUUGCAGCCUUCUGAGGGGGGGUUUUCGAGGGUAUAUCAGUGAUUUGAUUUUCUUUUUGUCUCUUUGCUUAUCUAUUCAUUUAUCUAUCUAGUUACUUAUUUGGUUAUAUUCCCAGGAUGCUUACGGUAAACCUUAUAG